CCGUUGAUAAUUAAAACAGAUAUUCUAGUUCGUUCAAUGGGUCCUGUAAGUGAGAGGAGUAUGGAUUACUCGAUGGAUUGUUAUUUCCGACAACUCUGGAUAGACGAGAGACUUGCAUUGAAUGUUUCACUUCCCAAUAUUUCAUUAAAUAUCAAAGUCUUAGAGCGUCUUUGGUAUCCUGAUACGGUAUUUCUAAAUGGCGGGAAAUCGUUUGUCCACAUGGUGCCAAUGCCAAACAAAUUCUUUCGUAUUAACAAAGACGGCUCUGUGUUGUACUCCCAAAGAUUGACAAUAAAAGCAACAUGUAAAAUGCGCCUUGAGAAGUACCCUCUAGAUUCACAAAAGUGUCAACUCCUUGUUGGAAGCUUCGCCUAUACUAUAGAUGAUGUUAUAUACGAGUGGAGAUUUGGUCGCCACAACUCAGUUGAGAUAGCAGCAGAUAUGACUUUGUCACAAUUUGAUUUACUGCAAGCACCAUGCUUUAAUUCGACCUCAAUUCUUCGAGGAGCUCCGCAUUCGGUUUUGUCAAUACAUUUUUAUCUCAGACGUCAUAUGGGGUUUUUUCUUAUCAAUGUAUAUGUGCCAUGCUGCCUUCUUGUUGUACUAUCUUGGGUUUCUUUCUGGAUAAACAGAGAGGCAACAUCCGACAGAAUUGCUCUUGGUACAAUGACAGUGCUCACGAUGACGUUUAUAGGUUUGGACAAUCGUAACGACCUUCCCCGGGUGUCCUACUCGACAGCACUCGAUAUCUAUGUCGCUAUAUGUUUUGUGUUUGUACUUGCUACAAUCAUACAAUUUGCUGCCGUCCAUUAUUACACAAAGUUCGGAUGUGGUGAAGGUCCUCAGCUGGCCAGGUAUAUUGCUAAAGAGGUGGAACUUGAGGAAAUACUUGAAGAGCAGGCUGGUGAAGAAGCACAAAGGAGUAAUGAUGUAGCGAAAGAAAACGGACAUAAACGACAGAUAUUGAUUAAAAAUGGUAAACCAAGAGAGACGGCUUUAUUUAAGUGUUGGAACUGUUUCUUCGGAACGAAAAAUGUGCCUCAUACAAGCAUGCUGGGCAAUGUUUUAGGACUGAACAGUGUUAGUCGGAUUGAUAAAUUGUCUAGAAUUAUUUUCCCUGUAGUGUUCUUUGCAUUUAACAUUCUUUACUGGUGUAUAUAUCUUUCAGAUACUUCACAAUUAUUAUAGGUGAUCAAAUAUCAGAGUAAAUUGAUGUGGUGUUUACUAAAUUUUAUCUAAUGUCAAGUACUUUGACAAUUACAGUAGCCAAGUCAUUUGUAUUGACAUAUUUUUGUCUCACGGUUAUAAUCUUUCUUGUAUUUUAAAUUAAAAGCACUUCUACGAGAUAAGUUUAAUAUACCUAGUCGGUUGUAUAUUUUAAGAAGGUACAAUUUUAAAUAUCUUUAUGCCAUUUCUUUGCAUAAAUACGUUAUUCAUUUAAUAUCUGUAAAACACUGUAAUACAAUGACCAGUCAAAAUGGUACACUGAGUCAAUUUAAAACUUGAUUAAAGAAGAAUUAACAUUAGGAUAAACAUACAGUCAAAAAUGAUUUAUUUUGUUUAUUACGUUUACCUUAAUUCAUGAUAUGAAA